UAAACACCCUCUCCAAUUAAUUAACUUAAACAAUUGAAAUUUGUAUCUCAUUCUUCCCAUUUGAUUAUAUAUGCAACUGUCACCUCACUUUAUUUCUUAGAAAUUUUGUGUUAUAUUCAAAUUAUAAUUAAUUUGAUAAUUAGCUAGUUGAGCCUUAAUUUCUUUACUUGGUCUAAUCUAACACCAAACUAGUCUACAAAACUUUCAUCUUCUUCUCUCUUUCCUCUCAUUUUUUUCAACUGGGAAACUCAGACAUGUCGAUCUUAAGCAACAGUAUCAGCAGCAGCAACAAUGCGGCACCUUCAUUUCAUGAGUUCAAGAAACAAGCUUCUUUCUUCUUCAAGGAGAAGAUCAAGACUGCAAGACUAGUCCUCACAGAUGUUACACCAGCGCAACUAUUGACUGAAGAAGCUACGAAUGGGAAUCCAUUGUCUCCGGACACAAGGACCUUGGGUUCAAUUUCAAAGGCUGCUUUUGAACUCGAAGAUUACACAAGAAUUGUGGAGAUUUUGCACAAAAGAUUAGUGAAGUUUGAAAGGAAGAACUGGAGGGUCUCCUACAAUUCUCUGAUUGUUGUUGAGCAUUUGCUGACUCAUGGACCAGAAAGCGUUGCAGUUGAGUUUGAGGUUGACAAAGAUGUUAUUCAACAGAUGGGAAGCUUUCAGCAUAUAGAUGAGAAAGGAUUCAAUUGGGGUCUUGCUCUUAGAAAGAAGUCCGGGAGAAUUUUGAAGCUGCUAGAGAAAGGACCUCUUCUCAAAGAGGAGAGAGACAAAGCUAGGAAGCUAACCAGAGGGAUUCAAGGGUUUGGGAGUUUCUGCCAAAGAUCAUCUGGCUCUUCAGCACAAGGGAUUUUAAGAGAAUCAUCAUUUCAAACAUAUGGAAGGUCCAAGUCUCAAUCUCUCUUCAGUGACGACGAAAACCAGGAGAAUCAGUUUCCAUCAUCUGACUUCAAAAAUUUUACUAAGAAAGUUGAAGAAUCAAAGCGAAGCAACGAAAGCAUUGCGAUCGUUGUGGCUGUCAACGAUGAAGUAGAGAAACCCGAAGCUCGAACAAGUUUUAAAGAAAACAUGGUUCCAAACAACGACGAAUUGGAGAGAUGCUGCUGCAAGGGAGAGUCUAACCCACUUUUGGAUGGUGAGAAAGAUGUGUCUAGGGUUGAAAUUUCUGCUGAGGAUGCACAUCCCUUCAAUGAAACGCACAAUCUAAGUGCUGCUUCAUUGCUUGCUGCAACUUAAUGCACUCAUUUGUUUCAUUGCUUGCUGCAACUUAAUGCGCUCAUUUGUCAACGGAUGCUCCUAUUACACUUGUAGUCUUUGAAGGACCAGAACCAACUAUUGUAGUAUCUACAUCGAGAAAUCUAGUAUUGUAUACAUCGUUAGUCUAAUAGUUUCUCGGACCUACCCGUUACAACGAAGAAGUACUUGCAAACCGCUUCCACUGGCAUGUUGAAUGGGCUAUUUGGUUGGGUUUUUAUUGUUCCUAUUAUCGUGUGCAACUCAAAUAUUAUGUCAUCUUGAAAUAUUAGUAAGAGCUUUGCUCACCCGCACAGUUUUUUGCAUGA